AUGGAAUCCUCCACCACCAUGACUACCGAACAUUCGUCCUCUCUCAAGCGGCCGCGCUCUCCCACUGAACACAACUCGCUCCCUGCUGCAAAGAUUCCCCGAACCGCUGCAAAUCAUCUGCAGAUUAACUAUCUGGCCCGACAGCAUAAAGAGACCAUUCCGCUCGUCACUGUCAACGACAAGCUACCAGAAAUAGCUCGUCUUCUGAGCGAAUAUGAUGGAGUUAUACAACGUCAUGAGAGUAUGGCCGGGAAUUUGGGAGCAUGCCCUCUCGGACCUAUCUUGCUGAAGCGCUUCGAAAGAUUGUUUGACGGCCCUCCCAAAGUGUUGAAAUCGCACGCAAAGGAUUCCAAUGUCUCCUGGCUCGACGUGGUCGAAUUUGCGCAGAACAAUCCAAAACAAUUCAACUUGGAAAGGACUCGCAAUGGCAUUAGAGUGUGCCAAUUCUACACCAAGCAGUGUCGGGUCGAGAUAUCGGAGGAAGACUUUGUUCUCAUUGCCAGUGGUAUGCCCCAGAAGCUCAUCCCACCCCAACCUAUUCUGGAGGACGAAGAGAAGGAGCUCGGCGUUAUGGAUCUGUUGGACCGAAACCUGGGCCAAGUCAUCCAGCUUGCAGAUCAAGUUUCUGGUAGAGCCCGACAGUUGAUCCAUAAGAUGAAGAACCGACGUAGCGCCAUCCUAAGCCGACGUGAGCAUGAGGCGGAGUCGGUGAGGAGAGGUGCUUUAGGGGCAGAUGGGUCGCCUGUGUCCCCCGCCGAAACCAACGGAGUCCCCGCUGGCAAGCCCGUUAGGAGCAUUGAGGUGUCCCAGUCGCCUCCUGUUGGAUUUACUGCUGUCAAUUUUAGACAGGCCGCCCCGGGAGAUACAGAACCACGACCUUUCUUGGGGACGAGCGAUGGCGUGAAACAUCAAGGCGAGGAUAUGUACAACGCGUCGAACGCAAACAUCACGAUCAUCAAUGGCAAGUCAGUCAAGGACGCCUCACCUUCUGUCCGGGCCGAGAUGAUGAAGAAGUUCCUGACACCAGGCGAACGAGACGUUGGACUGAACGAGGACGCAGUUCGGCGUUCUUCGGUGGGUACCGCUCGUACAAACGCCAUGCAAGCAGCGUCGACAGAAAGGGCUCGCUCUCAUUCCGUCGAAGAUCUCUCAGGCGGAACCCCAGGCAGCAAGAACCCACCCAGUGUGGCCAUCCCCAAUACACCCGCAUCUCUAUUGCCGCACAUGAAACCAUCCCCCUUCGAGAGGGAUGAUGGCGGACCGUUCAAGGCGGAAAUGGUGCGAAGAAUGGAUAGUAUGUGGAAAGGGGAGCGGAUAAUCCCUCCAUGUGAUCGCUGUCGAAGACUGCACAUGGACUGUCUGAAGAACCUCACUGCAUGCAUGGGCUGUACCAAGAAGCAUGCCAAAUGCUCGUGGAAAGAAAUCAAGGCUCACGAACUGCAACUGGCCGCGCGAUCAUCCUCACCGGAGAGAGACGUGGCAACGGCGGUGCCAGGUCCGGACACAGGCAACGCCCCACCGGUGUCCGCCGAUGCGACCUUUGAUGUGUCUCAACAAUCGGACCAGUCAGCAGGGCCUGCUGGCAUCGCAAGAACUUCCUUGACUCUGGCCCGGGAAAGCGGCGACGGGUUCACAGAGCGAGGAGCCAAAGAGUUGGAAGUAAGCAAGCCUAGUGAGCCGGCUCAACUCUACACAACGUCAGCCCGAUUUGAUGUCCGACCUCCGCCUUUGGCUCAGCAACUGCAGGAUGCUGCGGAAGGGCGAAUGACAGGUGGGCCGAAUCCAGUUACUUCGCCGCGUUCGGCAGGUGAAAAGCGUUACGAGGAGGAUGACGAUGAAGGGGACCGGUUGCAGGCACUUGCAGCCCGAGUGUACCGUACCGCGUCUCAGAGUGGACAUCGGCCGUCCUAG